UAAAAUGCGACUGAGGCGUCGACCGUGGCAUCGGAAAAUGCGACGCGCCAUUGACCAACUCAGAACGCAGUCGCGGCGCAAAAUACAGCUACUAGUAAUCUCAGGGCUGUUCCUCACGCUGUGGUUGGCGGGCACUCUUCUGCCGGUAACAGAUAGUGAUGCCAAAAAUUACGGCGACAAAUCCUGCAUGCCCAUCGAUGUUGUCUACACGUGGGUAAAUGGUUCGGAGCCGCAGUUUAUUGCGUCCAUCAGACGGUAUGAUCCUAAUUACGAUCCUACUCGUUUCGAUGACAAGAACGAGCUACGAUACUCACUGCGCUCACUUGAGAUGCACGCCAAUUGGGUACGUCAUGUCUACAUAGUUACGAACGGCCAGAUACCCAACUGGCUGGAUCUAACCUAUGAACGUGUGACUGUGGUGCCCCACGAAGUGCUGGCUCCGAACCCAGAUCAGCUGCCCACCUUCUCGAGCGCUGCCAUUGAGACAUUCCUGCAUCGCAUACCAAAGUUGUCGAAGCGUUUUUUGUACUUAAACGACGAUAUAUUCCUUGGCGCACCGCUUUACCCGGAGGAUCUUUACACCGAAGCGGAGGGCGUGCGCGUUUACCAGGCCUGGAUGGUACCCGACUGCGCCCUAGACUGUCCGUGGACGUACAUCGGAGAUGGUGCCUGUGAUCGGCACUGUAAUAUAGACGCAUGUCAGUAUGACGGAGGGGACUGCACCGAUGCUGCCAAUGAAAACAGUGAUGCUUCUCAGAUUUUUACUACAAGCGACGAGGUGCAGCAGGGGCAACAUGAAUCCCCGCCCGUUCCAGCGCCUGCAGUGCAGACAGAUAGUCUAAAACUUCCAUACAUGGGCCUACAGAAGUUCUUUAAGCGCAGCUCUCCAAAGUUUAAGGAUGUGAUGCGUCACAAAAACGUAUCUACCCUCGUGGAACUGCGUCGCAUUGUGGAGCGUUUCAACAAGGAAAAGCUAAAAUCGCUUAAUCCUGAUUUGGGUACUGGCGAUACAGGAAGCACAACGUUACCAGCAACGCCGCGUCACAUGUUGCAUAAGUCCGAUUUUAAAUCUUCUACCGAUAUCUACUCACACUCCCUGAUUGCUACAAAUAUGCUGCUGAAUCGUGCCUAUGGCUUUAAGGCGCGUCAUGUUUUAGCUCAUGUAGGUUUUUUACUCGAUCGUGACAUUAUAGAGGCGAUGCAACAACGCUUUCAUAAGCAAGUCCAAGAAACAGCUUUGCAACGCUUUCGCGCGCCCACGGAUCUGCAGUUCGCUUUCGCCUACUAUUCCUUUUUAAUGAGCGAGACGCAAACAAUGAGCGUGGAACAGAUUUUUGAUGAGUUCGAUACGGAUGGAUCAGGAACGUGGUCAGAUCGCGAAGUUCGCACUUGUCUGACUCGCAUGUAUCAGCCGCCACUAGACUGGUCCGCAAUGCGCUAUUUCGAGGAGGUGGUCCACAACUGUACUCGCAGCUUGGGCUUGCAUUCUCCAACGAAUACGGUAGUGCAUUCAACUCUGGUGUAUGAACGCUAUGAAGACUCUAAUUUGCCAACUAUUACGAGGGAACUAGUUGCACGCUGUCCAAUUCUGGCCGAGGCUUUAACCGCCAACUUCGCUGUACGCCCCAAAUACCAUUACAAUGUUAGUCCAAAGAGAGCUGCGCACAGCAACUUUAUGAUGCUUACCUCCAAUGUGACUGAGGUUGUGGAAUCUUUGGACCGUCUGCGCCGUAAUCCACGCAAGUUCAACUGUAUCAAUGAUAACCUGGACGCUAAAAGGAGCGAAGAUAAUGCGUUGGUGCGUCAUCUGCUUGAGGAUUUCUAUUUGUCUUUCUUCCCGCGAACCAGUAAAUUCGAAUUGCCAGCACAAUUUCGCAACCGCUACGAAUCUUGGCAUGAUUAUCAACGCUGGCGCCGUCGCAAACGAGCCGUUCUCGUUGUGGGCUAUGGUGUAAGCAUCUUACUGGUGAUCUUCCUACUGCGCUUCAUGUUUGUACACAAGGCCAAGAUUGUGCGACGUUGUGUGCAACGUUUGUAGAAACUGAGUAUUUUCUUUAUUGUUGUGAUAAGUUAUAGCUUUUGAGAUAUUGGCCAUUUUGUUGCUACGAAAUUAAGCUAAAUUUUUAGUCAAAACUAGUUUAGGCUCAACAAAUGCUAUUCUAGUUAUUUAAGAAACAAAAUGAGGCUAAUUUAAGAACUCAAAUUGUCUAUAAUAUUCUAAUGAUAGUUGUGAAACUUCACUAAUAGUUUUAUGUUUUUAAUUCGCGCCAAAUUCGAAUAGUGUCUAU